UCGGUGACCCUGGCGGGCUAGAGGAGGCAGGAACCCACCCCUCCCUGGGGACCCCUGACUCUGCCCAGCGGCUUAGAAAGCUUUCGGAGAGUGCCCUCCCCAGAUCCCCAUCCCUGCAUCUCCGUGGCCAUAAGAUUUGCUCGGUGUUCCCAUCCCAAAGGAAUUUGCCUCAUCUGUAUGACCAAUGUCCAGUGCUGUUGUCUGUUCAGUCAGAGGCUGGGGGAAGGAUCUUAUCAGAUCAAAACUCCAAGAGUAGGGAUUCUUCUUAUAAAAGACAAUGACUACCGAUGAGACCACCAAGAAUGAUGGAGAGAAUCCAGUAGUGGCUCUUGCUGAACGAGGAGAGGACAUUACUCCCAAAAAAGACCGAGGUGUCCUAAAGAUUGUAAAAAGAGUGGGGAAUAAUGAGGAAACGCCAAUGAUUGGAGACAAGGUUUAUGUCCAUUAUAAAGGAAAAUUGUCUAAUGGAAAAAAGUUUGAUUCCAGUCGUGAUAGAAAUGAGCCAUUUGUCUUCAGUCUUGGCAAAGGCCAGGUUAUCAAGGCAUGGGACAUUGGAGUUGCCACUAUGAAGAAGGGAGAGAUCUGCCACUUACUGUGUAAACCAGAAUACGCAUAUGGCUCUGCUGGCAGCGUCCCCAAAAUUCCCUCGAAUGCAACUCUCUUUUUCGAGAUUGAACUACUUGACUUCAAAGGAGAAGAUUUAUUUGAAGAUGGAGGCAUUAUCCGCAGAAUCAAGCAGAAAGGAGAAGGUUACUCAAACCCAAAUGAAGGUGCAACAGUAGAAAUCCACCUGGAAGGCUCUUGUGGUAACAGGACAUUUGAUUGCAGAGAUGUAGUAUUUGUUGUUGGAGAAGGAGAAGACCACGACAUUCCCAUAGGAAUUGACAAAGCUCUAGAGAAAAUGCAGAGAGAAGAGCAUUGUAUUUUGUAUCUUGGACCACGAUAUGGCUUUGGAGAGGCUGGAAAACCAGAAUUUGGCAUUGAGCCUAAUGCUGAACUUGUCUAUGAAGUUAUACUAAAGAGCUUCGAAAAGGCCAAAGAAUCCUGGGAGAUGGACACCAAAGAAAAACUUGAACAGGCUGCUAUUGUCAAAGAGAAGGGCACAGUAUACUUCAAGGGAGGCAAAUACUUGCAGGCAGUGAUUCAAUAUGGAAAGAUCGUAUCCUGGUUAGAGAUGGAAUACGGUUUAUCGGAGAAGGAGUCUAAAGCGUCUGAGGCCUUCCUGCUGGCGGCUUUCCUUAACCUGGCCAUGUGCUACCUGAAGCUUCGGGAGUACAGCAGGGCUGUUGAGUGCUGCGACAAGGCACUUGGACUGGAUAGUACCAAUGAGAAGGGGCUGUACAGGAGAGGUGAAGCCCAGCUGCUUAUGAAUGAGUUUGAGUCGGCCAAAGGGGACUUUGAGAGAGUUCUAGAAGUAAACCCCCAGAACAAGGCCGCAAAGCUGCAGAUCUCCGUGUGCCAGAAGAAAGCCAAGGAGCACAAUGAGCGGGAUCGCAGGAUAUAUGCCAACAUGUUUGAGAAGUUUGCAGAGAGAGAUGCAAAGGAAGAGGCUGGUAAGAUAGUAGGUGAUAAGAUGCCAGAAGGGGUCCCCUCUAAGAAGAUCCAACCUGUAGAAGAGCCAGUAAUGGAAGACAAGGACUUGGAAGGCCAUGUAUGACAGAGUACAAGAGAGGGAGAGGGAAUCCUAAUGCAUUCAGCCCCCUCCUCAAUGACUUCUACGGAACUCAGGACUAAAUAAUGUUUCUUGUCAAGUUUGUUAUAGUCUAUGUGAUUCUGGACACAAGCAGGCAAACUCGGAGCUUCCCAGAAAACAGCCCCCUGCUGCUGCCCAUUACCUUCACUAAAAGGGUCACGUGGGACCACUGCAGGUGGUACCAAAAAAAAAAAUAGAAGCAGCUGUUGGGGUGAGGAAGUUGGACCAGCAGCUUGAGUCCAGCUCAUUUCAGUUCAUGUCCCAACUUUUUAGAUCCAAGUUAGAGUACUCUAAGACCCGCGCAAUUUGGAGCUAUUUGUUUGGAUCACACAGGUGGUGAUCGGACUUUAGUUACACUGCAGAGGGGCUUAGAAUAAUUUAGAGAAUCUCUUCUUUUAUUGGGCUAUGAUCUGCAUGAUUGGAGGGAGUUCCCAAAGCAGUGAGACCACAGAUCUAUUUGAACAUUUGUGGAGGGGACAGGAGGCUGUUGGGGGUUUGUUUUUUGAAAUAACUAAAUGACUGAAGUACUUACCAAUACAAGCCUAUUGUUUUAACGAAGAGAACAAAUAUGAAGGAAAAUAAUCUGAGAUCACCUUGUGCAAACAGUACUGUUAACAGACCUGAGAGCUAAGCCUGCAGGGCCACCUGCUCCCUUAGCUGUCUCCUCCUGUUUGCUCUCAGCUCCUGUAUUGCCUUCGUAUGGGUCUCAACCAGUCAGCUUUCCCUGGGUCAGCAAACUGUGCAGGUUAGACUGUCACCAUUUGUCCUUCAUGAGCACUCUCUCCUGCCACAGUGACUAGCAGAGUUUGGGUGUUCGUUUUUCCCUUUCUUGGAUGAAGUCCUGAGAUACUGAAAUGUGAAGGAAAAAAGUAAUAGCAGUUUCUCUUUCUCCUUUUUCUCUUCCUUUGAAAAAGUCAUGCGGAAUACAAUACCUACUGCUAGCACUGCUACUGUUCAGUUCCUCUUUUCCAUUCUAAUCCGCAUUUUUAGAAACUUAAAACCUGUUCUUAUAAUAUCUUAGACCUGGAGUGGAUUCAUUUACAUAUCCAUAUAGAAUUGAUGCAGCUUUUUUUGGUUUUGUUAUUUAAAAGAUUACCAGAGCAUAAAAAUAUAUAUUGGAUUUUUUUAAGAGUUUCAUUUACUCUCUUGUGAGAAAAAAAAAUGCUACUUUGAAAAAAAAAAUGACAUUCUGUUACUUAGUUUUUAAAAACAAAGCCUGCGUGAUUUGGAAAGCAACUAACUCUUCCACUUAAGGGUUUUACAUAUGGGUUUAGCAUUGUCAUCAUUUUCCUUUCUAGUAUCAACGGUUUUUCUGUUCUGGACUGGGUUCUGAGCAGCGAAUGAGCAACAUGCUAUGGCAGGUGAUCCGGGGUAGGUCCUUAGCAUCUAAGCACAGAAUUAAGUACUGUGAGUACACUAGUUUUAUUUUUAAAAUACUUCUAGAACUGAAUUUUAGCCUUUUGAUCUAAACGAGAUGAUAUGGUUUAAUAGGACCCCACCUUGCAAAUCUCUAACCAAUGUCAUUAACAGUGUGAAUACCAUUAAAUGAAUAAUUUAGAACAAUUCAGCAUUUAUUAAGCAUCUACUAUGUGCAGAGAACAUUGGGGUGGAUGUUGGGGGGGACGUAAAAAUAAGAUUGUCUUCCACCUUCAUGAAAGCAAGUCUGGGAUGAUGGUGGGAGGGGUGUGAAGAUGGCAAAGCACAUACAGGACAGAACAGAAAGAGAUACAUGCACAGAAGUGCAAAGCGAAGUAGUCCAGGGAUUCCCAGAAUGGAAAAUUCAUCUUUAACCUUAUUCAUGUCAUUUUUUAAAACUUAAGGCAACACUGUCAGUUAUCUUUUAAAAUACUUUUUUAGGGGGCAGCUAGGUGGCACAGUGGAUAAAAGCACCAGCCCUAGAUUCAGGAGGACCUGAGUUCAAAUCUGGCCUCAGACACUUGACACUUACUAGUUGUGUGACCCUGGGCAAGUCACUUAACCCUCACUGCCCCACCAAAUAUAUAUAAAACCAAUCCACCUCUCUGUUAUUGGUUUCUAAACCUGAAAGUCAAACUUCUUUUCCUGUAGAAUUUGUCCUCCAUUUCAGCAAAUGUGUUAAAUCCUUUUCUGGAGUGUACUUCUCUGAUAAUAACCAGAGCCAUACUGAUCAUUUCUCACUUACUUUUUUGUAUCUUCAUGGAAUGUUUCUUUAAGAGACCCCCAAACUCACUUGAGCAAAAUGAAAAGCAAGGAUUCACCUUGUACUGUGGUGUAAUUAAUUUGUAUUGGUGAGUUCAGCAGAUUAGAGCACAGUGCUAAGAAGGUCAGAGCUAAGUAUUUGUUUCCAUACAAUCUAGUUAGCUCCUCACAAAGAGAAAUUUUUUUCUGGAGCAGGACUCACUCUAGCCCACUGUUUCCCAAGUUGUGCUACUAGUUACAAGGAAAAUGGGGUAAGUUUGCAAAGGGUUUAGAACAAACCGGCCUUACUAGAGACCAAGUCCCUACUACUAGAAAACAAUUCACAUACCUGACAGAAUCAAUAAUGUUGUCUUUGCAUGCCAAGGAUAGCGUAUUCCAUUUAUAAGUAAAAUAGAAGUCAUUGAUGCAUCUUUCUAUAGAUAGAUGGAGUACAGAGUGGUGAGUCUACUUCUCAUAAACAGGAAAUUAUUGUAUAGACUUGGGUAACCUUUUUUUUCAAUUCAAUAGAAUGCAUAUUGUUCUUUUGAGAUGGGAGCAGAAUUGUAACUUGGGUCUGGGUAAACUUCACAAGAAAAAGUGUUUUCUCAAAUUUCUCUCUAAUGUCCCCCCAGAAAAGUUGGUGAAGGGAAAGGAAGGAUGGAAGAUAAUGGAAUAAUAUCAAUAGAAUUAUUAAUGUUUUAAAAACUAAUUGGAAUAUAUUAUAUCUUUAUUCUGAUUUUAUAAUUGGAGAAAAAACAAGUUUUGGUGAAUAUCCAUUUAAAUGAAUGUGUUGUUAUUGACAUAUCAAUCUAAUUCACCCAGUGGUGGAGUGGGAAAACUGCUGGAUUUGAAGUCAGAGGACCUGGAUUCAAAUCCCAGCCGUGCCUCAGUUUCGUCAUUUGUAAGGCCCCUCCUAGCUCGAAACCUAUAGACCUCUAUCGGCCUCUUUUUACCAAAAUUUAUAUGCAUCCCUUCUAACUCAGAAAGGCCAAUAUGUGGGAAAUACUGUAUAAUUGUAUAAUCUUUGCAUAAGAAAGAUUGAUCCUUGCUGGAGAGCAAAGUUCCAUAAUCUUCCUUCUUUUACAGUGAACAUCACAAAGAUCCUAGAGCAUAAUUGCAUUGGUUUAGGGUCUCUGAAUUCCUGAUUUCUCUGGAUUUUAAAUCUUAACCCUUCUUGUUGUGAAGUGGUUUUUACAGUACUUCCUUCAAUUUGCAUAUUUUUAUUGAAUAAAUAUAGUUUGUACCCAGGGA